AUGCUUCGGGUGAUUGUUCGUCGGUAUGCGACGUCUCCGAUCCAACGUCCGUCGGCGGCGUAUUUGCAGCAGGUGGGCCGCCAGCCGGAGCAGCAGAACGAAGAGCAGGACGGCGCCGAGAAGGCCAAAAUGCAAAAGAUGCUGGUGAGACGGUCGUUGCGGAUGACGUUUUGGCAGAUGUUUCUGAUUGCGCUGGGCGGAUCUUCCGUGCUGAACAUCAUGCGCACGAAGAACGAGAUGGAGGAGCUGGACGAUUUCUACAGGCUGCGGUUCAAAAAGUUCGAGCAACUGAUCGGGCAACUUGAGCAGGGCAAGGCUGGAAUCGACGACGUUGAUCAGGAGCUGUCUGUGUUGAACGACCGGUUUGAGCACUUUGGACUGGCCAAGAGCGAGUUCCGUGGCGUGCGCACGGGCAAACAGAAACAGUCCGCGCCUGCGCAGGAAAAGCCCAAAGUCGAGGUCACCAGCUACUUGUAA